AUGGCGGCGAGUUGUGUUGGUGCGGACUGCACGGAAGUCGGCGUUGCCGCUGAAGUCGGAGCCGCUCCCACGGUGAUCGUCACCACAACACUUCGAAGGACGGUGACAGUCGGCUCCGUCACAUCAACGACAGUCGUCCCCGUCACCGUCUUCCAGACCCUCACUUUCCAGGACCCCGCGCUACGCACCCAGACGCUCACCGUGACAAUCACCUCCGGAGCCGUCGCGAGAAGCCAGCCCCUGAGCGAAGUGGGCUUCAACGCGGAUGCCGUGGCGGCCGUCACCCUGACCACGACCGUGGAGCUGGUCGCGACCAUCACCGGUGUCGUAACCGUCACCUCGGCCCUCUUCAACACCGUCUUCGUGACGCAAACCUUGGCUCCCAGCGCCACCGCCACGGUCUUCACCACCACGACCGUGGCGCCGCGGCCCGAAUUCACCGGUGGGCUCCUCCCCGGCGGCUUCAUCCCCCGACGGGCAACGAGGGCCUCAUCCCCGCGAACCCGCCCAACCUUUCCUCGGGCCUGCCGGACGGCAGCUCCCUCCUACCCCCGGAGCGGGACAGAACCCCACCAACGUUCCCACGGGCACGCAGCUGCCUCCCGGCGUCACCGGCAUCUUGCCCCCGGAAACCCUCAAUCCAUGAUGCCCACCAACAUGAACCCUUCACCUACGGGGCCCGUCCGCCCCGUUCCAGGCUCCAAUCUCACCUCGGACGAUAUCGCGGGCAUCGCGCUCGGCAUCAUCUUUGGCCUCUUCUUCCUCAUCCUCGCCGGGUUCCUCAUCUACCGCCUCAUCAAGAAGAAGGAAGCCCUCGACAUGUCUCGCCAGCAGCAGGAAAUGAUUUCUUCGGGAUCCCGCUCCAUCCCCGUCGGCGCGGCCAGCAUCCUCUCCAACGCCACCGAGAACAGGCUGAUUAAGCCUGCUCCCGCCGUCAUGGCCGCGGGGGCUCUCGGCAGCGAUGGCACGUCGAGCACGGGCCCUGGAGAGGGCGACGUGCGCAUCGUCAUUCGCCCGGCCCCCAAGCGCCGCACUCAAAGCUCUGGACUCUUUGCUCCUUCUGGGUCUGGCAAGGGCUCGCGCGCCACGUCGGGCGCUUCUUCUGCGGCUGCUGCCUUGGCGCAAGGCUCGCGAAGGGCGCAGUUCCCCAGGCCUCCUGGUUAUAAUGGACAGACGUAUAGCUUCUUCGUCGAGGAGAGCGGGUCGACGUCGCCGCAGGACCCCAAAGCUUGGAGCCUAGCGAGCGAUGACGGUAGCAGAGCCGGUCCCGGUUCUCCUGCAGAUAACUGGACUCCGACAUUCCCGAAGCCAUACGAUCCUACGCGCAGGGAUAACGGCAGAGACCGUGGCGCUGGUGGUUCUGGCGUUGGUGGCAGCGACUUCCUUAGCGUUGGAAGAGCCCUGUCACCUUGGAAGCCGAUCUAA